CACAAGAUCAAUCAACGACAAUUGUCGAACAACCCGUCAAGCCUCCUCCCCCCCUCCAAUCCACUGCAUCUAGGGCACUUAGCUACCCUUUUCCUCCCCCUCCGAUUGCAACAGAGUUCAAUUCUCAACCCGUCAAAACUUGCAAUACUGUGUCCACGUUGACGCUGCAAAGCCGGUCCAUCAAAGCUCGACCCAACUUCUCCAUCCUGACUAACCGCCACCCAGACCCGGUCCAGAUCUUCUCAAAACUUCAAACGAUCACCCAGCCAAAAUGUCUGCUCAGGAGAACACGCCCGCUGAUGUCGCCGUCAACGACGUGACAGCCGCUCUGUCCAAUACCGCCAUCACCGACAAGCCUACCGAUGCCACUGCCCCCAGCCCUGCUGAGGGUUGCCGCCUCUACAUCGGAAACCUGGCCUACGCGACAACCGAGGAGGGGUUGAAGGAGUUCUUCAAGGGCUACCUCGUUGAGGGUGUCACCAUCCCCAAGAACCCCCGCACCGAACGCUCUGUCGGCUAUGCCUUCGUCGACCUGUCUACCCCAACCGAGGCCGAGCGCGCCAUCGCUGAGCUCUCUGGCAAGGAGAUCCUGGAACGUAAGGUCUCUGUUCAGCUGGCCCGCAAGCCCGAGGCCAGCGCUGAUAAGCCUGAUGCAAACGGUGAGGGCACUGGUACCCACCGACGCCAGUCAACCCGUG